AUGAACCAGAAAUCAACCUCGGUGAUCCGCGCACGCCCCGAUCAGGCAAGGCGCAUUCGAAAGGCAUUCGAGAAGAGACGUCGGACAUCCGUCAAUCUGGACUUUGACGCCCGCGUCCCCAUCCCCUUCAGUGUCUUCCCGUCGUCGUACCGGAGUGACGCUGUCUCUGAAACUACUCACACGAGAGUAGAGGGAGAAGUCCAACUCGAUCGUACUUCGCGCGUCGAACGGGAAGAUACGAAGGGCCCCCUCCCCGACCCUCGUGUCUACGGAAAAGAAGAAGUCGAUUUCCGCAUCAAGGAAGAUCGUUCCGGUCCCUAUCAGCAGCGCAACUACGCGGCCGAGGUUGAUCUCACCCGUGAACGCUACCCCAACCACCAGUCCUCUGUUCGCUUCGAGGACCGUCAAGUCUACGACCAGACCGUCGAGAACCAACUCGACGUCACCGAGAGAGAUUACCGUCGCCGGACCUCUCCAAACCCCCAGUUCGACGUCUCUUACGACCGUCGCUACCAGGAACCCGUAGACUACGAGUACUCCCCGGCUCAGUCCGUCGACGUCUCGUACAACCGCUCCUACAAGCCCCAGCCCCAGUCCCUCUACCAAGGCGAUAGCUACCAGCUCGAGGUCGAAGCCACCCAGACUUCUGCUCCUCGUUACCACUCCGCCCCUACCGAAGUCCAGACCACUGUCCGUGACGUACCCCGUAAGAUGGGCUACUACGACGACGAAGGCCAGUACCACUCCUUCCGCCGUGGUGUUGAACGCGCCGCCGACCGCAUCAUGCACCCCUUCCACCACCACGACCGCGAGGAGGUUGUCGCGGGAGACGAGCGUGGCCCUGCCCGCUUCAGCGACGGCAUCCGCGAGGAUGUCCGCAUCGUCGAGCCCCGCGGCCGCGGUGCCUCCGGCGAGACCGUCCCCAUCCCCUGCCACUUCAUCCGCAUUGGCGACAUCCUGAUCCUGCAGGGCCGUCCCUGCCAGGUCAUCCGGAUCUCCGUGUCUCCCCAGACCGGCCAGCACCGCUACCUCGGUGUGGACCUGUUCACCCGCCAGCUGCAGGAGGAGUCCAGCUUCGUCGCCAACCCCUCUCCCUCCGUCGUUGUCCAGACCAUGCUGGGCCCCAUCUACAAGACCUACCGCAUCCUCGACCUCCGUGACGACGGCAAGCUCGUCGCCAUGACCGAGACCGGCGAUGUCAAGCAGGGUCUGCCCGUCAUCACCCAGGGCCACUUGUUCAAGCGCAUCCGUGAUGCCUUUGCCGACGGCCGUGGCUCCGUCCGUGCCCUUGUCAUCAACGACGGUGGCCGUGAGCUCGUCGUCGACUUCAAGGUCAUUCACGGCUCUCGUCUGUAA